UACGGCUUCCUCGUGGCUGGCGGGCUGGCCACGCCUACUUCGAGUCACGUCCGCUCCGUGACGCCUUCUCCCAAUAUGCCCAGAUCAGACUCGCCUACCCUGGUCAAGGCCAAAUCCGCUUCACAUCUGUCCACCAUGAAGACCUUCUCCACNCCNCCUCGCGGCCGCUCCAACUUCGACAACGACGACGACUAUCUUAAUACCAUUCCCGAUCCACGAACACCCAGUCCAAACCCACCGCGUACAAGUGCGCCAGAAGACGAGCAGGACCAGCAUCCCGACCUUAGUAACGAAGUUGCUAUGCUUAGCACAAAGCUCAUAAACGCCAUCAACUACCAAACCAAUCUGGACGACUCGCUACAGCACGCCCGCCAUGAGCUUGACGCUGCGAAGCAGCGCAUAGUUCAGCUGGAACAAGAGACGCAGCAACACAAGUCUCUGGUCUCAAGCGGCGCUCUCGUCACCAAACAACAAGUGGACACACUCAGACAAGAAUUGACAGAGUCGCAGAAGCAAAGAGAUGUUGCCGAGAAGGGCAGGAAGGAGAUGGAGGUCGAACUUGAGAACCUCACUAGCGCCUUGUUCGAGGAGGCCAACACUCUAAGGGCUCAGCUCAACGACACUGAACUUCUUCUAGCCUCACAGCAGGAACAAUUACAAGAUCUGAAGAGUGUCAUGGAGAAGAUGACCGAAGACCGAGAUCGCGACGAGACCGACACCAUACCCCGUUCUUCGACCGCUCCAUCAACGCCCGGCGUAGACUCAACCAAGAUGAGCACCAUGUUUGACUCGCUCCCCUUCUCCCCCAACGCAACAAACUUUAGCGACGUUCCUCCAGACCAACCUCUACGAUUCUCGCAUCUCAUCGUCCCCGUCAUGCGUAACGAUGUAGUUGCUUAUGUCGACUUUGCCGAUCUGCUCAAGUCCGCCCGAGCAGCUGCNCCCGCUCAUUCUCGCAAUUCUUCAGGCAUCAGCUCAAGUAUGUUCGUCGCUUCUGCCUCUUCGUCCUCGCCGAAUAUCCCAGGCUCCUUCAGCUCUGGCGCUGCUGCAUCGCCUCGCGACACGUCAUUCCAAACAUCCGUACCGCCGCUCAAAGAUAGCAAAUUCUACAAGAGAUGUCUCGUUGAGGAUGUAGAACCCACAUUACGUCUUGACCUCGCUCCGGGUCUUUCGUGGCUGGCCCGACGUACAGUUAUCGCUGCCGUGACUGGUGGAAACCUGGUCGUGGAGCCCUUCAUACCACAAUCGCGCUUCUAUGGGAACGCUUAUGCAUGUGCGCUUUGCGGAGAAUCUCGCCGAACAGAGGCACAUGCUCGAAGACAUAGAUUCCGGACCAGUGAGGACGAAAACGCUCAACGUUACCCCUUGUGUGAAUUCUGUUUGGGCCGUGUCCGAGCAACAGGCGAUUUCUUGGGCUUCCUAAGAAUGGUUCGUGACGGGCUCUGGAGAGCAUCAACCGAUGAGGACAUCAAAGCCGCUUGGGAAGAGAGUGUACGCCUGAGAGAGAAAAUGUUCUGGGCCAGGCUCGGAGGUGGUGUGGUUCCAGCAAUUGCCAGAGAGCCGAGCCCUACAGGAACUCAACGCCGCGCAGACGCAAGGUCGUUGCGCAGAAACAGCACCGAAUCGAGUAUUCCAAGGUUCUCGAGAGACUCAAUCGAAAGCAUCCACUCCAAGACAUUGGAAGUCCCGAAACUCGGUGAACCUCGACCCCCGAGUCGCAACAACAGUACAUCGGCUGCCAACAUCAGUGAUGGCAGUACGACCUCUCUACAUACUUCGGAGAGCUCGGAUACUAGAGACUUUGCAGAUGCACAGACCGACGUGGAACACUCGGUGAAUACACCAACCACGGUCAGCCAUGAGGAAACAACAAGCCAUCCAGAUCACACAGACUCGCAAACACCACGACUAGCGCAAGAAGAUGGGCCGAAAGACAAUAUCGACACAGUCACCGAGACAUACUCACCUAAGGAGCAGUAUACAUCCAUCAUAGAAUCAGAGAAGGAAACCCAAACUCCCGCAACGGACGGCCAAAACGGCAAGGAGACCGAGGCACCAGUCGAACAGUCGCCGCAGCCAGGAAUGCCUGGAUCCUUUGAUUGA